CAUGCAGACUGACUCCGCAGACUCACCUUAUCAUUGGGCAAUUCGAUACGGUCAAUUUACAUAAAUUGCGAUUUCAAAGGCUAUUGUAGUUGUAACUCACUUAGUUGCUCCAGUGCACGCAAAUCGGUUUCUGGUCGUCGCAGCAAUACGAGACUCACUAAAACGCUGCAACAUUCAACAGAAAGAGAACCUGAGCGAUGAACGUCCUUCAACAAGUUCUUCCAAUGGAGGAAUUUGCUCAUCCUGCCAGCAUCGUCUCUAUUUCGCUCCUUGUAGUUUUGUUUCUUUACUGGUAUGGAACGCGUGGCUUUGCAAACCUCAAGAAGCUAAAUGUUCCUGGUCCCAAACCUCUUCCGUUUAUCGGCAACUUUCUCGAAGCGAGAAAAUACGAGGGGAUGCAACUCAUGCAUCUUGACUACGUGAAAAAGUACGGCAAAGUGUUCGCGAUCUGUUUGGGCGAAAAACCUUCACUGGUCGUUGCAGAUCCGGGGUUACUCAAACAGAUUAUGAUCAAGGAUUUUCCAAACUUCCGCAAUCACUUUGAAUUCAUGAAGCCAACUCCUGCGGUCAGAAGAAACGUUUUCAAUGCAAGAGAUGACACAUGGAAGAGAAUCCGUAACACCCUGACCCCUACAUUUAGUGCUGGGAAGAUGAAAUUGAUGGUGCCGUUGAUCGAGACGUCGUGCGAUACGCUCAUGGAAAAACUUGAGAAAAUUGCUGAUUCAGGUGAGAUUGUAGACAUGCUUGACUGGUUUAGUAAGCUGACGCUCGAAGUCAUUUUGUCGACUGCCUUUGGCGUGGACGCAAAGAUUCAACUGGGUGAGAACACCGAAAUGCUGGAGAGAGCGAAAGCGAUCUUUAAAGUUCCAAACAUUAUUCGACAGAUGGCUCGCCUUCCAUUGGGCAAUUAUUUACUGAGGCUGCUAAUGCAGCUUAAAGGAACUUCUCCGAGCUAUUUCGAAGGCGUUGUCAGAGAGAUCAUCAAGUCCCGUGGCCAGCAGGGGCCCAGUGCACGAAAAGACCUGCUUCAACUUAUGAUGAAUGCUAAUGAUGAAACCACGGUCGAAGGUGUCAGCAGGCUUUCUGAUGAAGAGAUUGUAGCACAAUCUAUUAUCUUCCUAUUAGCUGGAUAUGAAACGUCGAGCAACACGUUGGCAUUUACCCUGUAUUUCCUGGCUGUAAACCCGGAUGUGCAAGACAAGCUGAGGAAAGAGAUUAGCGAGGCCCUCGAGUCUAACGCUAAGAAACCUUUGUACGAUGUCGCCCAGAAUAUCGAGUUCCUCGACUGCGUCAUCAAAGAGGCGCAACGAUUAUGUCCGCCAGCUGCCCAAAUCAACAGAGAAUGUUCUGAAGAUUAUGACCUCAAUGGCAUCCACAUUCCUGCUGGAACGGAGAUAAUCAUUCCAAUAUACGCCAUACACCGUGAUCCAGAUGCCUGGGAGGAGCCGGAAAAGUUUGAUCCGGAGAGGUUCCGUGGACCAUCCAAAGAUGCACGCCAUGCCUUCCAGUUCAUACCAUUCGGUGCAGGGCCAAGGAACUGCAUUGGAAUGAGGUUUGCUCUGUUGGAAAUCAAGGUUGCCCUGGUCAGGAUUCUGGUGAAAUACAAGUUUGUGCAGUCACCCGAGACACGAGUUCCUUUAGUCAUACAUGCUGGUGCUACUUUGUCAGCAAAAGAUGGUGUUAGGGUGGAGUCCGUAAUUUGAGAGUGAACAGCGGUCUCGAACACCUAUUAGAAGUUCUUGUAUACACAAAUAAUUCCACUGAAAAUGUUUAUUACAUAGAUGCGCCUUUGGUUGAUUUAUCUCUUCAUGGAUUAUACGUUAGAGCACUUUGAGCGCUUUUCGAUUGCAGAGCAAAAUUAAGAGAAAAUAAAGCAACUCCGAAUCACUUUCGACCUCGAAUUGAAAAUUGCUCUAACCAUGCUAACGACGAAGCUAUGAUACACAAUUAAAAAGAUUAUGGACUCGAGAAAUUGAAACAAGAAUCAGCUAGUGUAGUAAGCAACACUCUGGCAUAUGGCGAGGAAACAACUCACGGAGAACUGUUGAUUAAUGUUAUGUCGUCUUAUGGAUGAAAAUAACACUCGAACGAAA